CAAGGCUUGUCUUCUGACUAUGAUCUUCUACUUUCUCUGAUCGACUGGCCUGUCCUCUGCUUUCUGUGAUUUUCUUUGAAUCUUGGUAUUACGAUCUGUUAACGAGCUGACUGCUAUCAAUCUAUUGAAUAACUGGACACAUCAAGAAGAAACCAAACGAUAUCAAAAUUACAAUCGAAUCGAAUCAACGAUGUCUGGACCUUCAACGCCGUUCAUCCCUCCUCACCCGUCCGAGUUACCGUCGGGCUCACCAGCCGCGAGUGCGCGUGUCAUACCACCCACACCAGGGACGAACCCGUACGUUUUCCCACCUGGUGGUGGCGGACAUCCGCCUCCUCCGGGAGGAGGCAUGGGCCUGGGAGGAUGGGGAGGAUUUGGGUAUCCUGCGGGGUAUCAGCAGCAAAGAGGACGAAGAAAUUCGCGAGCGGGAUAUGAGGGUAUGCCCAGUAUGCCGGGAGGAGGACCACCGUUUGACCAUGGGACGUACUUUGGGUACCCUGCUGCCGCUGCCGCUGCAACACCCGCUAUGGUUCAUCCAGGGCUCGAUCCGAGGUGGGGUGCCGCAGGAGGAGGAGGAGCGGACUAUCUCUCACCAGAAGGGUAUGCAGCAGCACAAUUUGGUCAACCUCCGGCUGUGAUACCUCCUCGUCCUUCGCCUUCCCGAUCUCGCGAACGAUCUCGCUCGAGGGGCGGCGGCGGAGGCUUCUCCGCAGAUUGGGCGGGUCCACGUUCGCCUGAAGAAGCUGGGUUUGGUGGAACUUGGUACACACCUGCUGCGCCUCCCGGCUGGGGCAUAGGCGCGCACGGACCUGCGCCUACGACGGGGUUCUCGACGUUCACGCAGGAGUUGCCGCAGGCCGGGUAUUAUCCCUACGGACAUCCAGCAUAUGGGCUUGGGCAUGGAUAUCGAGGACAUCAUCGACGUGGGACCUCGGCGCAUACGACGCCUUGGAUGGGUGGUGGGUUUGAUUUGCCGCCGGAGACUCCUGGGGAGUUCAACGAGCCGCUUGAUCCGUACGAUAGACACCCGCCUGCUGCGCGUCCGCAGAGUGGGUUUGGUACGAUUGAUACGAGGUGGUUCACUGGAGCGAGCUACGGACCAGUCCUAGACCCACUCCUCGCAUCCGUCGUCAAAUGCUCCUUCAAAAUCAACCCUCUACUCCUCCCUCCUCCAGAAGACCCAACUAAACGUCCCUACCUCACAUGGAACAUGCUCUUCUCAACUUCCUACGUCCAUCGCUCCGACGAGCGCCAAAAUCAAUCUUGGUUAAAGGGUCGUGACGCACCUGCAACGCACCCGCGGCUUACCUCGCUCCGACUGAUAUCGAGACACUUUACGUGGUUUAUUGAGGUGAAAGCGAGGAAUAAGAAUGUUGGGGUUACGUGUGGGGAGUUGGUUGAGAAACUUUCGAGUUUCUUGCUUGAGAUGAUAAGGAAGGAUGAUUUCGAGUCGCUCUCGAGAACCGAUCAAGGUAGGGUGACAGAAUCGUACUAUUACAACCGAGAGAGACAUGAAGACGUUCCCGGUGGGAGGCUCGGCAACGGAAUGAGAAGAGUUGAUCUUUUACUGGACAAGACGACGUGGGGAGGUAUGGAGGUUGAUCAAAGAUACGUGAAGGAGAGGAUGUCGUUACUUGGAGUUAAUGACGAUGAGGAUGGUGCUGGGCGUAGGAGGCGGCGGGAGAGAGAGGUUGUUGGUAUAUUUUUACUGAAUUGUGAGAGGAGGUUACCGAUGACGGAGGAUGAGAGACGGGCUGAAGCUGAGAGGGCGAGCGAAUGAUUGACUGUUAGGCGAAUGAAAGGUCCCAUCCGUUUGGGUUUAUUGUGCACCAUCUCAAUAACUUUCGCUGGAGGUAGCGACCAAAGAAUGAAUUUUCAUAUUCGUACAUACACAAGACCAAUCAACAAAAAAGAGAAGGUCUAUAACUUAAAAAGGGCCGAAAAAUACGAAAUAACAUAUCCGCCUCCUUUUUACCUACUCUCCAAAACUAAUCCUAAGUGAAGACUCAAGAC